CACCGUUUCCAUUGCUUACCACAGGAAAUCUGUGCAGGGUUUAAAUACCAGCCAGAGCCUCUUUUGUAAGCAGCUUGUGUGAAAGUGUGUGAAGAGCAUAGCAGCAUGGUCAGCCGAAAGCAGCUGGCAGACGUGCUUUGUUCUGCUCUGCUCGAAAUGAUCUGAUGAUGAGUCAUCGGAGCAGAUUUCAAACAGUUUACCUCGGGAGUUUCAACCUGAAAUUUCACACGUGGAGCAUCCUGCUGCCAGCUACAAGAAGAUCUUUGAGUCUGUGGAGGAGCUGAAUGAACCCAUACCAGCAGUUAUCACUGGUAGGAAAGAGCGACUGACAAAAAACAAGUAGCAAUGCAUGGCUGUGUCGAUGGCAGUGUGGCUUUAAUCACUAACAUUUAUGGUUCCAAGACAGCGAAUCACCCGAAAUUUCCUUCAGUACCAGUGUUCAUGAGAUUUCUGAUUUAGUGGUAAUGAAUAAUCUGCAGUUAAAUAUGCUUUAGAUAUUGUGAGAGUCCUCUAAAGAUUUAUCAUUACAGGUUGGGCAAUUAUGAACAAAUCAAGGAUCACAUGUGGGAAAUUAGAAAUUCUUUAUUUUGCUGAGGAACAUUUAGCUGUGACAGAUCUCCUGUCUCCAUAAACUUGCAUCUAUGAUCUGAUGACUAUUACUUAUGAGUGGCAGAAGCAAAGAACAAUGUGCCACACUCCUCUGUUAUAUGUUCACAUUUGCAGUGUGAAGGUGGCAGGUAAUGGCAGGUAUACAAGGGGGAGCCCAUUUUUCUAAACUUAAAAGUAUAUUGGUUUGCUUUUAUAACUUGCGCAACAACUUUCAGGUCAUGUCACUGCAUAUGUUUACAAUGAUGGACUGUAGGAAAGGGGGAGGGGAAGGAUCCAGGCCAUGCACAGUAUAAAAACUGGACAUACAGCUACUGUCACAAUGUCAUCUGUUGAUUUCUAAAGUGCAGUUUUGAAACGUCAUGAUUGGUGUUUUCAUUGUCACCAUCUUGAGCUAAAAAAAAUAAUAAAAAAAUUUAAGCAGGUGCGACAAACACGGGCAGGUGUGAUUGCUCUCUCCCUAACUACUUGUCAAUCACAAGUCAUCAACAAAUUGACAUGUCAUUCUGAAACAUAGUAUAACCAAGAUUUACAAAAUAGACUUCACUGUUCUUCAUGAAAUAAGUGACUGAGCCCAUAAACUCAGGAAAGGGUUAACACAGGGGAAUGCGGGAAGACUUUUCCCAUAGACUGCUGUGGGACCUGAACACUUUCAGUAACCACAGCUAUCCCCAUCUGGUGGCCUUCAGAUUGCAUGCAGGGCUAAAGCAUUUUACACUGGCUGUGUUUCCUCACAUGGAAUCUACAUUUAUGGUUUUCUAACCCCUCUCUUGAAAACUUCCACUGAUGGUUGCAUUGAUAUAACAACAAAAUUUCAUCACAAGCGUGCGGUUUCUCCUAUUUUUUUUAUCAUCUGAAAUGUCAAAUGGAAACAUCUGCAAAAGGCAUUUCUCCUAUGACAUCCACAAGUGCACUGCCUAUUUCAAAGUCAUAGUGAAACAAUAAACACAAGUUAGCGGAUUAUAUUAACGCAAUCAUCUAAUAUACACUAAAAUAAAUAUGUACGACAUAGUAGCAUAACGCCUGAAAAUACACUGGCCAGCAUUAUCACUACACAAGUGUGCUUUUUUAAAUUACGUAUAGUUAUUUGUUAGUUCUGUAUUUAGUGUUUACUCAAAUAAAACUCCUUUGGUGACCAUUAGGUUACUCACAGGUAACGUACAUUGAACAUGACACGCGAAAGACACAAACAUUGCUAUCACAGAAGGAUAAUAAAAUUAACAUAAUACUUAAGAAAAUCAAUAGUUAGGAUUUAUAAUAACAUUAUUAUGUAACAUAUACGAAUAAAUAUAAAUAUGUAUAUAUGUGGCAUGUAUAUGUACUGCCUCAUGGAGUGUAAUGCUUUUUGAUUGAAUUAAAUGUUGUACAUUGGUUAACAUAAAGGCUACUGUGAAAGUAAAUCCUUUGAUGCAAGGAAAAUAGAGAGAAGACAUUAGUCUGACUUAGUCUGAGAUAUACUCAGCUUCAAGCCUGACCUGUUCACCCAUCUACGCAAAAUGCAUUUUUGGUGUUACUGCCAGGAUCAGUCUUGUGGAUAAAAAUACUGUAGUGUUAUAAGUGACACUGGGGUGUUAGAAAUGGGUAAAGUUUGAUACUAAGCACUUGGUGUGCAUAGUGUGCACACCAGGUGUAGACAGAAUCCUAUAGUCUGAGUUUUUAGACAGCAGAAUGUGGCAUCAUGUGGUCAGGUUGUGCACGGCUUUGUUUGAUGGUUUUAUCACUGCAGGUGUUAUCCCAUCAUGGCUGGGGGGAAGUCUUCUGAGGAUGGGUCCAGGUCUCUUCGAGGUGGGAGAUGAACAUUUCCAGCACCUGUUUGAUGGACAGGCUCUCCUCCACAAGUUUGACCUGAAAAACGGUCAGGUGACUUAUUACCGGAAGUUUAUUAGGACAGAUGCUUAUGUUCGGGCCAUGACAGAGAACAGAGUUGUCAUCACUGAGUUUGGCACGGCAGCCUACCCAGACCCCUGCAAAAACAUCUUCUCAAGGUUCUUUACUUACUUCAGAGGCAUUGAAGUGACUGAUAACUGUUUAGUGAACGUCUACCCGAUUGGUGAAGACUUCUACGCAGUCACUGAGACCAACUACAUUACCAAAGUUGACCCUGAUUCACUGGAGACAUUAAAAAAGGUGGAUCUUUGUAAGUACCUCUCAGUGAAUGGGGUGACCGCCCACCCCCACACUGAACAGGAUGGCACGCUCUACAACAUUGGCAACUGCUUUGGCAAGAACAUGAGUCUGGCUUAUAACAUUGUUAAGAUCCCACCUGUUCCGAAAGAUAAAUCAGACCCCAUAGAGAAGUCCCAAGUGUUGGUCCAGCUGCCAAGCAGUGAGAGGCUUAAACCCUCCUACGUACACAGCUUCGGUAUGACAGACAACUAUUUUGUAUUCGUGGAGCAGCCGGUGAAGAUCAACCUGCUCAAGUUCUUGUCAGCUUGGAGCUUCAGAGGAGCCACAUACAUGGACUGCUUUGAGCCCAACGCCAGCAUGGGGACAUGGUUCCACUUGGCCAGUAAAGAGCCAGCGGGUUAUCUGAGUAGUCACAAGUUCAGAACAUCAGCAUUCAACCUCUUUCAUCAUAUUAACGCCUAUGAAGACGAAGGAUUCAUCGUUGUCGAUCUCUGCGCGUGGAAAGGUCAUGAAUUUGUGUAUAACUACCUGUACCUGGCUAAUGUGAAAGAGGAGUGGGAGGAGGUGAAGAAAGCAGCUGCACGAGCUCCACAGCCCGAGGUCAGACGAUAUGUCCUUCCACUGGAUAUUCACAGAGAGGAUCAGGGGAAGAAUCUGGUAUCUCUGUCGUACACUACAGCGACCGCCGUUCUUCACAGCGACGGUACUAUCUGGCUCGAACCUGAAGUGCUGUUUUCUGGACCAAGACAGGCUUUCGAGUUUCCACAGAUCAACUAUUCAAAGUGCUGUGGGAAGAAGUACUCCUUCGCCUAUGGCCUGGGACUCAACCACUUCAUUCCUGACAGGAUCGUCAAGCUGAAUGUGCAGACCAAAGAGACCUGGGUGUGGCAGGAGGAGGACAGUUACCCAUCAGAGCCACUGUUUGUGCCGUCACCCGGAGCUACAGAGGAGGAUGAUGGUGUGUUGCUGAGCAUUGUGGUAAAGCCAGGUGCGCAGAGACCAGGUUCCCUCCUGGUGCUGGACGCCAGAAACCUGACAGAGCUCGCCAGGGCAGAGGUCAACACUAUCAUCCCCAUCACCCUGCAUGGGACUUACAAGCCAUGAAGCUGCGUUUCUUCCAAACAGGUGCUUCAUGAAAUACACCAGUCUGGCUCUUUUCUCCCACCAUAGACGAGUUUUCUUAUGGAAAUGAAACCCCAUCAUUGCUUUACAAUGCUGCUAAAAAAAAAUAAAAAAUCUUCAGCAGUCUCUGUCAUAU